CAGCGCCAAGAUACACGGCUGAUCCCUGGCCGAAACCACGAAAUCCAGACACGAUGCUUCCGUCGCCAUCCCCUCCCACCCUUUGCACUCUCGUCUCCUCCCACUCCGGCCACCCCUCCCAUUCGCGACGUCUAUCCCAAAUCCUACGUAGCUCCAAUCCCAACGCGCCGAGCUUCCCAAAGCCCAACCCCGACCCACCUCCGCCGCCACCGCGCCGUCUGCACGGGGAAGACCGCCGCCUGAGCUCGCUCGUCCACCGCGGCGAACUCGACGCGGCGCUCCGCGUCGUCGAGUCCUCGCUCUGCCCGCCCGACGUUGCGCUUGCCAACAGGCUCGUGCGCGACCUCUGCCGCCGCGGCCGCCCCGCGGAUGCGGCGCGCGUCGUCGAGGCGUGCGGCUCCGCGGCCACCGCUGUCACAUACAGCGCCCUCGCCGACGGAUACUGCCGCGUGGGGAGGCUCGACGAGGCGCGCCGCGUCGUGGACGGCAUGCCCGUGCUGCCAAGCGCGUACGCCUACAACCCGCUCAUGCACGCGCUGUGUGUGCGCGGCCAGGUCAGGGACGCGCUCGUGUUGCUCGACAAUAUGCUCUACCGGGGGUGCGCCCCUGACGUCGUCACCUAUAACAUCCUCCUCGAAGCAGCGUGUAAGGGUAGAGGUUACCGGCAGGCCAUGGAGCUGAUCGAUCUGAUGCGCGUGGAGGGUUGCACGCCAACCAAUGUCACAUACAAUGUUAUCAUGGAUGGUAUGUGCAGAGAAGGCGAUGUGGACUAUGCUCGCGAGUUAUUGAACAGCUUGCCUUCUUACGGGUGCACGCCGAACACUGUCAACUACAACACUGUCUUGAAAGGUUUGCGUACCGCUGGGCGGUGGGAGGAUGUUGAGGAGCUUAUAGCUGAGAUGUUCAGCGAGAAUUGUCCCCCGAGUGAAGCAACUCUCAGUGUGGUCAUCAGCUCCUUGUGUCAAGAAGGAUUGUUCCAGCGGGCGAUUCGGCUUCUCGAGAAAAUGUCAAAGCAUGAUUGCACUGCAAAUAUUGUUACCUACAAUGCUGUCGUUAGUGGGCUCUGUGAGCAAGGCCAUGUGGAUGGUGCCUUGUAUUUACUAAGCAACAUGCAAACCGAUGGUUGUAAACCUAAUAUCUUCACGUAUAACAUUCUAGUGAAGGGUCUGUGCAAUGCUGAGCGAUGGGAGGAUGCUGAGGACUUAAUGGCUAAGAUGAGCCAAACUGAUUGCCUCCCAGAUAUUUUGACAUUCAAUACAAUAAUUGGUUUCUUGUGUCAAAAGGGGUUGACGAUGCAGGCUGUUGAAGUAUUUAAGCAAAUGCCCGAGAAAGGCUGUUGUCCCAAUUCAGUCACUUACAGUUCAGUAAUAGAAGGGCUUGCCAAAACUGGCAAGAUGGAACAAUCCCUCGAGUUAUUGAAUGAAAUGGGCAGCAAAGGAUUCAACCCAGAGAUAAAUUAUCAUCUGUUAGCUGAGUGUCUGAAUGAAGAGGAUAAACUUGUGGAGGCGAUCCAGAUGGUUCAUAAACUGCAAGAUACAGGCAUAUCACCCCAAGCUGUUCUCUACAACACAAUACUCCUAGGGCUUUGCAGAAAUGGCAAAACUGAUCAAGCCAUUGACAUUUUGUCUAAUAUGGUGUCUGAUGGUUGCAUGCCUGAUGAAUCCACGUACAGUAUACUCAUUCAAGGUUUGGCACAUGAGGGCUAUAUGAAGGAGGCUAGAGAAUUGUUAAGUACAUUGAGUUCUAGAGAUGUUAUCGUUGACAAUUUGAUCAAGAAUGAUGCUUCACUGUUAGAUCAAAGUAUUCACACUUCUUAAGUUAUGUUGAUGUCCAGGCUAGCUUGUGCGUUUAACUUUGUUAUGUCAUAGCAAUGGAGUAGGAGAGAGCUCUGCUUCAGUUUUGUUGAUAUGGUUCACGGUGCAGGGCUCCAGGCCAUUGAAGUACUUGACUUGAGCAGAUGACCGAGAAAGGCUGCCCUCCUAAUUCCAUUACUCACAGUACAGUAAUAGAUGAUAAAAUUUACCAAGAAAGAUAAAAUCUAAUCUUCCAGGCUGAGUGUCUGCAGGAAGAGGAUAAAACUGUCAAGGCACUUCAUUUGGUCUGCGAACUGCAAGAUACUGGCAAAUCACAGUAUACUUAUUGAAGCUUUGACACUUGAGGACUAUCUGAAUGAGUCAGGAUUAUUGCUAAACAAGUUGCUCUAGAGAUUUUCUCAUGGACAACUUGAUCAAGGGUGAAGCUUUCUUAUUGCACCUAAAUGUCAACAAUUCUUGAGUCGUGAUGAGGUCAUGGAGUCUUAUUGAUAUGUAAGUGCUGUGUACUUCAGCCAUAUCGUACUUAAGACCUUAGUUCUCCAUGUUCCGUAGUUCUUUGGGGAACAAUCAGCAAUAAAACUCAAAUUACAGAAUCCCACUGUUAGAAUUUUGACCAUAAAACAGAUUAUUUUAGCUUUCAGUA